AUGUCGACAACCACGCAGAUUCUGUUCAAUUCUCCUGCUUUACAUUCUCUCAAGCGCGACCAGCUUGUCAAACUCUGCAAGAUUCAUUCCAUCAAGGCUUCAGGCAAGAAUGUCGAGCUCAUCGAGCGCCUGAAGCAACACGCCAACACGCUCCCUAAUUUUGAGCCCACCCAGAGCGACGAGACCACCGAUGGCGACGAACAGGAUCAGGAUGUGGACGAGGAAAUGCUGUCUACAUCUCUUGCGGGGCACUCUAUCGCGCGUCCCAGCGAACAAUGGGAGGUCGUGAUGGACGAUAUUGAGGAGGAAACGUCGUCCCAGGGCACCGGCACACUCAAUUCGCUACGGAGCAUGGACAGUGCCGGCGAGUUUGGCGUCGGAGGACCGAAAUCUUCGUCAAUGAGCUCUUCGAUAAAGGCCUUCGCCACAUCCCUUGGCUUGAAGCAUUCUGGCAACUCUAAAUCAUGCACCUCGAGCUCAACAUUCCCUGAUGCACUCGCGCCCUCCAGCUCGCUCUCUUUCAUGCCUCGAAUCCGAACGAAGAGCACAUCCAGUAAACACAGCAAGAGCAGCAGCACUUCGCCUGCCGAAGACUAUAAUGACGAACUCACCGCGCACGCUAAACCUUACGCGGACCUCCCUGUACCACGUCCAUCUGCGCUUCCACAGACUGAUCACUUCACUUUAUCUACGCCAGACACCACCAUGUCGUCCGAUCUACCACUCCCUGGGCACGCCUCGAGGCCAGGUGUUCCUGCACCCCCCAACGCGCGUCUGAGCACUGGCAACGGAGGAAGCACCACCAUUCGCCUCGUCUCUGUCGCGACGAACUCGUCAGCCUUCACGCUGAAGGGCAGCGUGCCCGGAACGCCACAACUGAAGGCGAUUGCCACCAGCUUUGACUUGGUCACGAGUCCCAGCGUGGGCAAAAUCCCAGUGUGGCCCCUGAGUCCGACGAAGGGCGCGGGCGAGCGUUUGUACCCGGCGCUGCCGACGGAUUACUUCCCGCAUCCUGCGUGGAAAACGAAACGGAACUCGACUGGGGCGAAUACUGACGUCCAGAUGGACGUUGAGGAUAAUAUCGGGAUGCCCGGUGGCAUGAGUACGCCUGGGCCUGUCGCCGCCUCUCCUUCAAAGACCCCGUUGCGCCCUUCAAAUGAAAUCGUCGACCUGUUCUCGCCUGCUCCAGGAGCUUCAUUCGCCCCGCCAAGUAAGCUUGGUGAUCCCUUUAUCUUCGGCUCUCCCCUCCCGCAACACAACGUUUCGAACAAAGAAUUUGACACUGCAGCCGCGGCUGUCCUACAAGAGAUGAACCGUCGACUGAUUGCUGUCGGGGGGGGAAAGGUUGGGUUGGAUCUACUUGAGAAGCAACCUGACGUGCCCGCCGCAGGUGGCGAGAGCCGAAUCUUCGGGGUCAUGAAAACCGAGGACAGGUUCAAAGCAGUACACGAGAAAGAGUUCGAGAAGAUGGAAUCCAUUGUGACACGUUAUGCUGCAAGGCGCGGUAUGGCAGUCGCAGAGCCUGGCCUGGUACCCGGGACGAAGAAGCGCAAAUCAGAGGCCCUCGGCCAAGGGCAUCCUGGACCAAGCGGCAGAGGAACAAACAGAGCGAACACGAGGGUGAUCAGUAAUGGGGUAAGGAAGAAAAUGAUACCUGGAGGAUUUGGAGGCGGGGACGAGAGCGAGGAAGAGGAGGACGGCAGGAUGUCAAAGCGAGUUAGGGUGGUAAGUGAGGACGGCGGGAUGGAUACGGGCAAGCGGAUGUCGCUGGCGCCUCCACCUGCCCCAGAGCGCGAUAAGAGGGAGAAAGAACGAGAUGCGGUGAAGAAGAUGUUGGAGCUAAAGAGGGAGAAGAGGCGGAGCAGCUUGAGGACAAUGAGCGGUUUCAAACCACUGGCGAAUCAGCAAGCGAAGGGCAUGACGUCGCGUUUCGGGUUCCUUACCUCCGCCAAAACUAUGGUCAAAAAUGUGUGGAACAUGGGCGUAGGAUCGACCACGAAGACAACUGCGGCCCCAGGAACGAAUAUCCCUGUCCCUAAAGUUCCGCCUACGAAACCUGUUCCACCUCCCGCCGAGUCAAAGAAUGACACCAAGAGUUCAACCAAGACAGGCGUGGUCAAGACAGGAACCAGCAGCAGCAAAAGAUCAUUCGGGUUUCCCAUGACGCACCGGCGCGCAGGGUCUGGGGAUUCGACACAUUCGCACACCUCUGGAACCUCCACCACGAUUGCAAACACCGGAAAGGUUGUCAAGGCGGCGACAAUUCCUGUCGGCAGCGCUGCGUCCAAAGUCCGCUCCCCGAUCCCUACAUUCGGCUCGAGACUCGCACUCAACAAGCCCCCAGUCAUGCAUACUACAACGGUGGCGAGCUCUAAGCCCACUAGCUCUACAGCUCCUUCACGCUUGCGUGCCCGCGCCAGUACCCUUGUGGACUCGUCGCUUCUUAGCGCAAAGGGACCUGGUCAUGUUCGUACCAAUUCCACCGGUGGCAGUUCUGUAACAUCCAUGGGUACUCGACGCGCUCCCAGCGUUGGUACGGCCGGGCCUGCAGGUACAAGCACUAAGAGCACUGGUCGACCUUCAUCCACGCUUCAUGCCCCAACUGCGAGCUCCCUAGCCAAAACACGCAACUCCGUCUCGAAUCUUCCGAAGGUCCCUGAGCAUAGUCUGACGACUAAGGGUGUUGUGGCCAAAGGUGGUGCGUCUGCCCUGAACCUGAUCACGAACAGCCCGCGACAGGCUGGCGUGUCGACUGUCCGCACACCCCCGGCCAAGAUCUUCAGCAGGCCCCUCAGCGCCAGCAGCAGCCCCUCGCUGAUUCCCGUCCUCGUCAAACCAGUCUCCUUAGGUGCGGCUGCAUCGGUCCUCGCUACUGGCCUCCAGAACAAGACUGUCAAACCUGGCGUGCCACCUCACGCGCCAACCCCGGCGAACGAGCCGAAGCCGAAGCCCACGAUUGUGCGCAAGCCACGCAUCUCCCGCUCGCGUGUCAUCGCCAAGCUCGGUGCACAGCGCGCGGCGCUCGCUGCCGGUCCAGUCACGUCCCCGAGCAACCCACGGAUCAGUGCCUCUGCCCCGCGAAAGCCUUCGAGUGGAGGUGUUGGGGCGAGGCGGUCGUUCGGCGGCGCGAUUAGGGGUGUGAGGGCCGCGAGUGGAGACGCGGUAAUGAUGAGCGCGAAGAAGAGGGCUAGGCAGAGUGAGUAUAUGAGGCGGCGCAGUAGGGCUACGGGCAGCGCGGUCAGCGCUCACAGUAGGUUGUUUGGAGAGAGUAAGAUGAAUGUCGAUGCUGAUUAG